GGAAUUCCUCAUUGCGUCAUUAGAGAGCAUCUCGUCUUCUCUCCGACUUGACGUCGGAGCAUUCUCACGAGUGGUUGGGCUGACCAUGUCGAUAUGCUGCCGUCACCCAGAGGUAUGUCCUGGUGCUAAUGUUGCCUGCUUCAGGAUAGGCACGCCAUAAAUAGCACCGAUAGUAGGAAUGCUGCAGGAUGCUUCGCUUGCUAAAGUCGACAGGAGGCUAUGCAGUCGCAAGAGUCGCCCAUGAGUUAAGUAUAUACCUCGAGCAGCGUGGCUCUGAACUCGUGUUCGACCCCCGCAGGGACUCUGGCCACAGAUUCAGUUCCUAUUCGACAUGUCACCGUAUCACACUUAUGUCAACGUCUGUGGAUGCCCCGAUCACACAUACAUAUGUGCGUUGCAUUCCAAUGUCCUUCAAGUUUUGCUACGCUCAACCGAUGUCCGAGUCAGACUGGCAACCGCGUAUGGUGCGAGAGUUCGGACAUGCUCCCGACGUAGCGCACGAGAAUGAUGAACAAGGAUGGACGAGUUUAUCAAGAGGCUAUCAAUGCGGCAUGCCACAAGACACAACAUCACGGCUGUCCGCGCUCGGCCUCUCGGUGUGGACGAAGAGGAACCGCGCGCCAGUCUCACAAUCCCAGCGACCAGACGCUGUAGUUGCACCGUUAGCAAAGAGCGCAUCGCAGAUCGCUGAGUACCAACACCAUCAUCGCCGAACGUCCGAACUGAGCACCGGAUCCAGACUGUCACUCAGUCAUUGGGCAGGAACCACAGGCAUGCAUGGACGUCCGCGGAAUGUUAUGCAUGCCGACCGCGUAUGUUUCUCCUUUGUUUAUCCCCCCAUCGAUAUGCCAAUCAAGUGAAUUCGCACCUUGUACGUGCGCGCGAGACGCCCUCCGAAGC